AUGUCACAGCCAUGGGACUAUAUUGCGAAACUUGUCUGUAUCGGUGAUUCUGGGACCGGCAAGUCCAGUUUGACGAUUCGACUCUGCGAGGGACGCUUCUCAUCUAGUCACGAUGUUACUAUCGGCGUGGAGUUUGGAUCUCGCAUUGUCCCAGUCGGCCCUCCAGCUUCAAAAAAUUUCGAGAUAGAUUUCUUCGACAAUGAUGAUCCAUCCUCGACGCCGCCAGCUUCAUCAUUGCCAGCGACAAUCGGUUCCCAUCCGCUAGUUGCGUCAGGGCUCCCUAGCCCUCCGCGGAGGCCGCAAGAGACUCAACCGCAGAGAAAGAUGAAGCUCUCGCUCUGGGAUACAGCAGGACAAGAGACUUACAAAUCUAUCACUCGUUCUUAUUUCCGUGGCGCUUCAGGUGCUUUGCUCGUCUUCGAUAUCACCCGUCCUUCGACAUUCAUCUCUUGCACUCAAUGGCUUCAUGAUCUUAGACAGAUCGCAGAAGAUGGCAUCGUCGUAAUCCUUGUUGGCAAUAAAAGCGAUCUUGCCGAAGUGGAUACCGAAGUCAAUCAGAGGCGUGUCACUAGACGAGAGGCAGAGGAGUGGUGCCGACUGAACAACGUUGUCCGCUACGUAGAGACCAGUGCGAAAUCUGGCGAUGGCGUUGAGCGCGCCUUUCUCGAAGUCGCCGAGAGGAUCUAUCGCAAUAUUGAAGCAGGGAAGUACGACUUAAACGAUCGUCGAAGUGGUGUUAAAGGGUUCGGGGCUACAGGGGGGAUAGGGACUGGGGUACCAAAGACCAUUACAUUGGGAUUGAACGAUGCAAUGCGCAGUAGCGGAAAUGGUUGGAGUGGAGCUUGCUGUUAG